AUGGCUGUGCUCGUCGCGCUUCUGCCCUUGGUGGUGGCGGGUGUUUUGGGGAACGAGUUCAGUAUAUUAAGAUCUCCAGGGUCCGUUGUUUUCCGCGAUGGAAGCUGGCCUAUCCCAGGGGAGCGCAUCCCGGACGUGGCGGCACUGUCCAUGGGCUUCUCUGUGAAAGAAGACCUUUCCUGGCCGGGCCUCGCCGUGGGAAACCUCUUCCAUCGUCCCCAGGCCACGGUGAUGGUGAUGGUGAAGGGCGUGGACCGGCUCGCGCUGCCCCCGGGCAGCGUCACCUCCUACCCGCUGCAGAACGCAGUUCCUUUCAACCUGGACAGUGUUGCAAAUUCCAUUCACUCCUUAUUUUCUGAAGAAACGCCAGUAGUUUUGCAGCUGGCUCCCAGCGAGGAAAGAGUGUACAUGGUGGGGAAGGCAAACUCAGCUUUUGAAGAUCUUUCAGUAACGUUACGACAGCUCCGCAGUCGCCUGUUUCAAGAAAACUCUGUCCUCAACUCGCUUCCCCUCAAUUCCCUGAGCAGGAACAACGAAGUCGAUCUGCUCUUCCUUUCCGAACUGCAAGUUCUACAUGACAUUUCAAGUCUGUUGUCUCGACAUAAGCAUCUAGCCAAGGACCAUUCUCCUGAUUUAUAUUCACUGGAACUGGCAGGUUUGGAUGAAAUUGGGAAACAUUACGGAGAAGAUUCUGAACAAUUCAGAGAUGCUUCUAAGAUCCUUGUUGAUGCUCUACAAAAGUUUGCAGAUGACAUGUAUGGUCUCUAUGGUGGGAAUGCAGUGGUAGAGCUGGUGACUGUCAGAUCCUUCGACACAUCCCUUGUGAGGAAGACAAGGACUAUCCUUGAAGCAAAACAAGAGAAGAACCCAUCAAGCCCCUAUAAUCUUGCUUAUAAGUAUAAUUUUGAGUAUUCAGUGAUUUUCAACAUGGUGCUUUGGAUAAUGAUCGGCUUGGCCUUGGCUGUGAUUAUCACCUCUUACAAUAUUUGGAACAUGGAUCCUGGAUACGAUAGCAUCAUUUACAGGAUGACAAACCAGAAGAUUCGGAUGGAUUGA